UACCAACUCAUCUGCACAAGCAAUCUCUCUGGUUCGAAGCUCAAUCCCGCGUUCGCAUUCGAGAGAAGGGAACAGUUUCAGAGAUUUUUUUGUGCGUUGUUUGAUUGAAAAUGUCGGGCCGCGGAAAGGGAGGCAAGGGAUUGGGAAAGGGAGGAGCGAAGCGUCACCGGAAGGUGCUUCGCGACAACAUUCAGGGCAUCACGAAGCCGGCGAUUCGUCGGCUGGCCAGAAGAGGUGGCGUCAAGCGUAUCAGUGGCCUCAUCUACGAGGAGACCCGUGGUGUCCUCAAGAUAUUCCUCGAGAACGUGAUCAGAGACGCCGUGACCUACACCGAGCACGCUCGGCGCAAGACCGUCACCGCCAUGGACGUCGUUUAUGCUCUCAAGAGGCAGGGCCGAACUCUUUACGGCUUCGGUGGUUAGGCCUUUUUUACGCAGAAAUGUCGCGCGCCGAAGAUGGAUUAGAUAUCGUUUAGAAAAUUAGGGUUUUCGACUUGUCGUUUUGCUAUAAAAGUAGGGUUUUCAUUUCUGUUUUGUAAUUAGUAGGUUUUGUUUUUUUUGGGUCUAUGGUUACCCUUUUGUUAUUUUGAACUAAUCUCUUCGGUGUCAAUGUAGUGGCCAAACUUUAUGAAUGAAUUGUUCCUUUCUAUUCAAA